GUUUACCCCACACAGUCCAACGUUCUGAACCCAAAACACAACAGACGCUUUUCUGAAGUAAAAGCCCCACUUUCUAACAUGAUAAAUAAACCUUUUCUGAGAAUAAGAUAUACUCUUAAAUCGACGUAAAAUGACAACGAGUCUCGCUGUAGGCUAAUUAGCAAGGAUCUACGUCACUUCCGCUUUUUUAUUUUCGCCAUUUUGGAUGGGGGCACUUUCUCGGCUGGAUGUGUAUUGUCUGUCAAGAGAAGAAUGGGGCAAGGAGGCGCAGAGCGAGGGAGACCGGAGUAGUUGGAGUGUACACCGACCGACGGACGGCGGAUCUCUUUCUCCGUCAUUCACCGCAGCUCACCUGUACGGAUUUUAGCAACCAAACCGGAGGAAUAAGCAGCAGUGGAAGUGCUGGCGUUCCGUCUAGUUUGACGGCAGCCGUGGAUGUGGCCAGAAUGUUCCAGCUCCCCGUCAACAACCUGGGUAGUCUGCGCAAAGCUCGUAAAAAUGUCAAGAGGGUCCUGGGAGACAUUGGCCUGGAGUACUGCAAAGACCACCUCCAGGACUUUAAGGACUAUACGCCGCCAGAGGUGUACAUAAAGCACACCUCCUGGGAAGAUGUGUGUAUGUGGGAGCCAUCACACACCAAAGUCCAAGACUACCGCUCCAAACCUUUCUGCUGCUCCGGCUGCCUCUUCUCCUCCAAAUACUUCUCUGCAUAUAAGAGCCACUUUCGCAAUGUCCACAGCGAAGACUUCGAGAACAACAUCCUGCUCAACUGUCCCUACUGCACGUACAACGGCAACAAGAAGACGCUGGAGACACACAUCAAACUCUUCCACAUGCCCAGCAACACCGUGCGCCAGGCGGCCGGCAGCCUCGUGAUGAAGGACGGCCUCCUGAAGAGGCCAGGAGACAGCAUGGAGCAGGCGGUGUAUUACUGUAAGAAAUGCACCUACCGGGACCCUUUGUACAACGUGGUGCGGAAGCACAUCUACAGGGAACACUUCCAGCAGGUGGCGCAGCCUUACAUCGCAAAGCCAGGAGAGAAGGCCCAAAAUGGCGGCACCACCGGGAAACCAGAGGGUAGCAACACAAACAACGUGAACAGUCAUCAAAUCCACUGCAAGAAGUGUCUGUUUGUCCCCAGAACCUAUGAGGCACUUGUCCAACAUGUCAUCGAGGACCAUGAGAGGAUUGGCUACCAGGUGACAGCCAUGAUAGGCCACACCAGCGUGAUCGUUCCCCGUCCGAAACCCAUCCUCCUGAUACCCUCGAAAACCCAAGGAGACAAGACCAUCAUUGGGAUGGGUCCAAAGGGGGCCGUCAUGGCCACUCCCAGACCUUCAGCUUCCCAGCAACUGGCCCGAGUCGCCUCAGCAUCAAAGCCAACCUUCAGUCCUCAGAGUCUUCUCUCAGGCAUCAAACACGAGUCACUGGGCUUCAAGUCAGGGACCAACCAGCCUUUUUCAUUUGGAGGCCUACAGGGGAAGGUCAUUUUACCAGGGAACGCCCAGGUUUCUCAGCAGCCUCACUCGGCAAAGCAUCCAUUUUCCGGAGGCAGCCUGCGGAGUCCAGUGGUGGUCAGCGCCGUGUCAUCCCUCAAGUCCAGCCCCCUCGGGGCCCGGGUUCAGGCGGCGGCCGCCACUGUUGCCUCAGUUACAGCUAAGAAAGGUGCCUCCUCGGUCCUGGGCCCAUCGUUCACCCAGAAGUGGAAGAUCUGCACCAUUUGCAAUGAGCUCUUCCCAGAGAAUGUGUACAGUUCUCACUUUGAGAAGGAACACAAAGCGGAGAAGGUGCCCGCCGUGGCCAACUACAUCAUGAAGAUCCACAACUUCACCAGCAAGUGUCUCUACUGCAACCGCUACCUGCCCAGCGACACCUUGUUGAACCACAUGCUCAUUCACGGCCUGUCCUGCCCGCACUGCCGCGCCACCUUUAACGACGUGGAGAAGAUGGUGGCUCACAUGCGCCUGUCACACCCGGAUGAGGUGGUGGGCCCUCGCACAGACUCCCCGCUGACUUUCGACCUGACCCUGCAGCAGGGCAACCCAAAGAACGUUCAGCUCAUCGUGACUACCUACAACAUGAAAGAUGCCCCGGAGGAGUCGGUGGCCUUUCACGCCCAAAACCACACGGCCAUGCCGCCUUCACUGUCGUCCUCCUUGCUGUCCACUAAGAGGUUGCUAUCUCAGCACCCUUCCAAACCAACGGAUCCUAUCAAAAAUGUCCCAGCAGCCGCUGUACCCUACAAGAGGGACAUAGGAAAGACCCUCUGUCCCCUUUGCUUCUCCAUCCUUAAGGGUCCCAUCUCGGACUCCCUCGCUCACCACCUCAAGGAGAGGCAUCAAGUCAUCCAGACGGUACACCCGGUGGAAAAGAAGCUGACCUACAAGUGUAUUCACUGCCUGGGGGUGUACACCAGCAACAUGACGGCCUCCACCAUCACCUUGCAUCUUGUCCACUGUCGAGGCGUAGGAAAGUCUCACAACGGCCAAGAUAGGUCAGCUCACGCCUCCAGAAGCAGCCAGGCCAUCAAAAGGACCGGCUUCGACAGCACAGAUGCUAGUGCGCCAAAAAGGAGGCGGCGGGGCCCUCCUGGAGAGAGGGCGCACCCGAGAGAUAUGAACAUUCAGUUUGAGGAAAACCCGGACGAACCUGUCUCUCUAGCGCUCGACCCCAAGGGACUGGAAAACGAGUCGUACGAGUCGAGGAAGGCCUUCUUGACCCGCUACUUCAACCGGGCGCCGUACGCCACUCAGCGGGAGGUGGAGAAGCUGGCGGCUGCGCUCUGGCUGUGGAAGUCGGACGUCUCCGGCCACUUCGUCAACACUCGCAGGAAAUGUGCGCAGGAGUGCGAAAGCCUGCGCCCUGGCGUCCUGCUCGGGUUCAGCAUGGAGGAAGCGGGCCAGGUGAGCCACGAGCUGGCAUUAGAGGGGGGCGUGUUUGACGCCAGACCCAGCAAAAGGAGGACGUCCAGGAACCACUUGGGGCUUUCGGAACUAGCCCGUCAGAGACGGAAGGAGGCUACGGUGGGCGGUGGCAGCACCUCCUUAAAAGCCAAAUGUACCAACCAAACCAAGACAAUCAACUGCACCUUGCCGCUCACAACACCCCCCCUACCCUCCGAGCCCAUCGCCAUCGACUCGGACAGCGAGGACGAGCCCAGGCAAGCACUCUGUCUCCGUGGCAAUGUCCAACAUCCGAGUGCUGAGGAGAGAGCAGCGGAAGUUAAGAAGAUUUCUGAUGUAGAGGACAUGACGGACGAGGAGGAGGAUGAUGAGGAGGAUGAGGAAGAGGAGGAAGGUGAGAGCUUGGAGAAUGGCUUUGGGUCCACAGAAAGCUCAGGAGGACAGGUGCCCCUGCCCAUCAUCAUCCCCAAAUUCAUCCCCUCAUCCGCCAGGCGGGGCGGCAAGCAGCAGGUGUGACCUCUGACCUCUUUUGGACUGUACCAACACAUCUGCCUCACCUGGACUCCACAAGGACCACGUUUGUAAGCAGGAGCUCAGAACAAGCCAUCCAGUCACAAUGACGUGAGACCACAGCGGCGUACAAAGAGGACAAAACUAGCUAGCCUUGUCAUCUUCAUCUUCAUCUUGCUUGAUUCUUUUUGUCAUUUAAAGGAACUACCUAAAGUCUUCUUUCACCCCCCCAACCCCCACCCACGCCACCGGAUGGUAACCACCACACUGAAUUUUUUAACCUGUAUUUGUUGUGCAUCAACAAUAAAGUGCUGUCAUUGUUUCUUACUGAAAAAAGCACCAGAGAGAUCAGAGGACAGGUUCCAUCCAUUAUCGAUGUCGCUUAUCCUCACUAGGGACAGGACAAGUUACUUUUCUUUAUUUCUCGUAUUUUCGUAUCCACUUGACAGGACCACUGUUGGAAUAGGCGAUCAAUAAAUAGUUUAUUGGAAACAGCCCGCACAGCUUUCGGCUUUCACACCAACAUUUUAAAUCGCAACAGAGCUAGCUCAAGCUCUUCAUGCGCAACAUAUCAAUACCACAGAUGAGCAUCUUCAUUACCGCCACAACAAAAAUGCAUUGGUGGCAAAGGCUGUGGCUGGAGGCAACCUCCUGAUAUAGUAACCCCACAUGUGAGGUGUAAGUGUCCAGCAUUCUUUCGCUUUAUCUAGCUCUCCAUGUGCUUAAAAACAAAACACAAUGGCUGCAGUUAGACUGUAUUUAGAAUGUCAUAUAUAAAUGCAUAGUGUAAUAUUUGCAUGUGGCAAAUGUCAGCAUUUACUGAGAAAUAUUCAUCCAGCCUCCACUUCUUCAUCUGGAAGACAAAAUGGAGGGAAAGAGGAGUGU